GCAAUCACCGCCCGAUAAAAAUUAUAUGGCAAACAAUGAAAAUGGAGAAUCGGACAUUAUCAUGGAGCACUUUACUGAUCCGGUACACGGGCACAUGAGCAUACACCCAGUAUGUGUGGCAAUAAUCAACACACCCCAGUUCCAAAGACUUCGCUACCUCAAACAACUUGGUACAUGCUACUAUGUCAACACUGGGUCCGCUCACAACAGAUUCGAGCACAGUAUAGGAGUGUGUUUCCUUGCGGGUGAAUUCGCUGAAACCUUGCAGAGAAACCAGCCAUCUCUUAAAAUAAAUAGAAAAGAUAUUCUUUGUGUGCAAAUAGCUGGACUUUGUCGUGGUUUGGGAAACGGUCCCUUCUCACAUAUGUUUGAGGACACACUGAUGCCUGAAAAUCUCGAAAUUCCGUGGGAUGUUAAACAAACCUCCAGAAAAAUAUUUGAAGAUAUAACUGAAAACAAAGAAGUUAAGAAAAUCUUUGAUACAUAUGGUUUAGACGAAAACGAUAUAUUUUUCAUCAAGCAGAUGAUAUUUAAAAAACCUGCUGAUGGGGCAAUGACAACUGGAAGAGAAAAUGGUAAAGAAUUUCUAGAAGAGAUUAUUUUAAACGGCAUCGCUGCUCACACUUUCGAUUUCCUAGCCCGAGAUUGUUUUCACCUGGGUAUUGAAAACACAUUUAACUACAAACGUUACAUGAACCUAGCAAGGGUCAUAAAUGUUAGUGGGAAAAAUCGCAUUUGUAUGGAAAUAGAGGAAGUUAGAAACUGUAUAGACGUGUAUACCACCAGGUACACUUUGACAAAAUAUGCAUAUAGACACAGAGUGAACAUAGCGACACAAAUCAUGAUUGCAGAACUUAUGUUAAAAGUUAAAGAUGAUUUCAAAAUAAAUGUAGAAGGCAAGACUUACACAGUGAUAGAAUCUACCAACAACAUGAGAGCUUUCAUGGAGCUUGAUGACAACAUUCUGUUCAAGAUCCUUGACAUGGAUGAUGACACACCAAAAGUGAAAGAAGCUAAAGCUCUGGUGGAACGUAUUCUAAAAAGAGACCUUUACAAAUGUGUAUGGGAGAGUCCACCACUGGAAAGAGCAUGUAUUAGGAAAGCUUACGUGAUUUCUGGAGGUGACAGCACAGAAAGUCAAGGCUUUGAGGUGGAAACACUAAAUGUAAAGUCUUCAAAGGCAAUAACCAAACAGAUUAUUGAAAAAGGCGGCAGUAUGGAAGGUGCUUUAACAGAAGAUGACUUCAUUCUGAAGGUAACCUCAUUCGACCUUGGACUUCAAGAAAAGAAUCCUUUAAUAAACAUGAAAUUUUACUCAAAAUAUGAUCCCAAUACCGCUGUGUCGAUCGACAAGAUAGAGGCAAGCAGAAUCCUUAAAGGUGCUGGGGGUUCAGAAGCGUUUGUGCGAAUUUAUAUGCGUGAUACAAAUGAAGAAAAACAAAAGAAAAUAAUAGCAGCUUGUAAACACUGGCUAAAAGAAAUCCAGGUUGUAAAGGAAAUAACACGACAGAUUGCUAGAUACAAAAGAGACCACAAUAAUACACAGCUUGAAGAAAUGGAUUUUAUUGUUAAGCUUUCAGAUUCAACUUUAGAAAACUUGGAACGUUUGGAAGAAAAAGGAAUUCUGUAUUCAGAAUGCGUAUUAAUCAAGACCGAUAACAAACCAAACACAGUUUUAUCUAUUAAAGAAGGCGCCAAAGAUCUACUCACAAUUGAUAUUUUUUUAAUAAAUGACACUAAAAGAGAUGCAAUAGUUGAUGCCACAACGUCCUGGCUUAAAGCAAAAAAGGAGAGUUAUGAAGAACUACAAAAAAGUGGCACAGUGUCAAAUUCAACUGAGAACAAUAGCGAUACAAGCUCAAAAAGAUCUGAAAGUAAGGAACUUAAAUUAAAGACUGCAAGUUCAAAAGUUUUCAACGACUCCCUCCAUGGCCAUAUUAAAAUAAAUGAAGUUUGCCUGAAAAUCAUAAACACUCAACAGUUUCAGAGGUUGAGAUAUAUAAAGCAGGCAGGAAUGUUGUACUUCUUAUACCCAGGAGCAAAUCACAAUCGAUUCGAGCAUUCCCUGGGAAUGUACUAUUUGGCUGGCAAAUUCGCAAGAAAAUUACAAAAGCGGCUAGUCAAAGAUAAAAAAGAUAAUGUGCGUGGGCUAUCAAAAGCAGAAAUAACUGAUAAAGAUAUUCUGUGUUUGGAAAUAGCUGGUUUGUGUUACAAUUUAGACCAAGGGCCGUUUUCCAAAUUGUACAGUGACAGCUUCUUGCCUAAAGUUAACCGAGAACAGAAACACGGCAAACGAUCUGGCGAAAUGUUUCAACAUAUUUUAGACACGUUGAAUAAAGAAAAGCUGAAUAAGGACAAGCUGAAUCAAGACAACGUAUAUCAAGACAAGCUAGACCAAAAGAAGAUUGACAUAGACAAACUGAAUCUAGAAGAGUAUGGGCUAUCGCCAGAUGACAUAGUCUUCAUCAAAGAACUUAUUGGUAUCGUCAAACCCACAGGCUCAACAAGAUGGCCAUACAAAGGAAGAAAAGAAAAACAGUCGUUUCUGUACGAAGUAAGAAUUGAAUUUUCAAAAUUGUUAAUUUAG